GCACUAAUUUUUUUAGCCUGCAUACCAUUCAGAGACAAUUCACUCCUGCCUCCCAUCUUACAGCUCACGAUGCACACGAGGGAUCCGGGAUUGGAAAGGCCAACUUCUUCCACCUCAUUUCUGGAUCAGCUCUCUCCACCUCCAUCACCGCAUUGCAUAGACACAGAGAUGAGCAAUCAGAAAGUGAUUUAUUCCACCCUGAGAUUUCUUCAGUCUCCUUCAGAGUCACAAAGUAGAAUAAGGCCAGGUGGGACUCAAAGUCCUGGGAAAACUGAUGACAAAGAGUUUUCAGUGCCCUGGUGUCUCAUUGCAGUGAUUCUUGGGAUCCUCUGUUUACUACUAUUGGUGAUAGUCACAGUGCUGGGGACAAAGAUUUUUCAGUAUAUUCAAGAAAACAAUCAGCAGAGGGAAAAGAUAGGAAACUUGAGUCAAGAGUUCCAAACUGUGCAAAAUGACAGCUGCCUCAAGAAGCAACAUUUGACAAAUAAGACUUUAGAAUAUAACAGUCUUGGAAAUGAAAGGCUUCUGAUGAAAAUGAAACAGAAUUUUAAGGAAAUAUGUUCCAGAAUAAUUGAAGGCAAACUCUAUGAAAACCACUGGUUGUGUUAUGGAAUAAGUUGUUACUAUUUUAUUCUUGAAACUAAAAACUGGAACGGAUGUAAACAGACUUGCCAAAGUUAUAAUUCAUCUCUUCUGAAGAUAAAUGAUCAAGAUGAACUGACCUUCAUUCAAGCCCAAAUUAAUAAGAAUAAUUACUGGAUUGGAUUAUCAUAUAAUGAAAGUGAAAGAAAAUGGAAAUGGACUGACAGUGACCCACUUCCAGGGAAACACUAUACAUUCAUGAAUUCUUCUGGGAGAGGACAAUGUGCAUUUUUAUCGUCAACAAGAACAACAAAUAUUGAGUGCUCUCAUAUGUAUGGUUGUGUCUGUGAAAAGACAAUUGAUAAUGUUUUCUCUCCCUGCAUUAAUAGUUAUAAGAAGAAAAGGUGA